CCACCCUCGCACCCACGUCUUCGCACAGCCAACUGAUUGUGUGUUUGCGUGAGGAGGGUACCAGUAAACACAGCAGUGUUGCUGCAGAAGAACUCCUAAAAACUAUCCUUGUGAGUGAGAGGAGCCUUUUUUCCUCUUCUUUUUUUUCUCUCCUUUAUUUGGGUGUCCAUUUAAAUCUUAAUAACGCGGAUUGGAUUAUUACUUUCCCGUUGAGAGCCCCAGUUUAAGAGGAUACCUGUUACUUUCCCUUUUUGGCUUAGUUGGAGAGAACGUCAUCCCAGAUGUGAGGACGGUUCAGUAUGACUCAAACUGCUGAUGUAUGAGAGCAACUGGGCCCUUAGGAUAAGCAUCUUGUCCUGUUUUGCUCCUUUGAGAAGAGAAGAACACUUGUUAUCUGCUUCAGAAAAAGGAAACAGAGCCCCGGAUUAAUGUGUAUACAGGCUCAACAAGGGAGCAGAGGAUUCUGGGUUACCUGAAGACGCAGAGUACACAAGUGAACAGGCCUGGAUUGAGCCUGUGGCAGAGGGGAUUGGCAUGGCUCAGACCAGCUUUGCGUCAACUCAUCAUGCCUGCAGAGCCUGAUGGCAGAAAGGAGCCUUUGCUAAAGCUCACGCCAUCCAACACAAGAAUCAGGAUACAACGCGAAAAAAAGUUAAUUUGCUGUUAUGGCUGUUGAGCUUGACAACUACAACAGCCGUAAGGAUUUUUAAAAUUACCUGAGCGUGCAUGCUUUUUUUUUUUUUUUUUUACUUUUUUUUUUCUUUUCUCUGUUUUCCUUUUUUUGGCGAGGGCGAAUGCUUUCUGUGCAGGCUUAUCUGCUAUGGUAAAGGCACUGAAAGCAUGAGCCUUUGACAACACACGGGAGGUCAUCGCCCAAACAAGGAUCAGCUCAGCAAAUACUGACCGGGUCAGGAUAUCGUCAAGAUACCCCUUGGACAAACUUUUCCUUUUCAGGGAGGAUAAGAGCAAGUUCACCAGGAAAUCGUGAUUGCUUUUUGGUGGCUGAAAAGGAUUUACCGCCUCUUCUAAGUCAGGGCCUCUUGUGUGAUUAAAAUACCAGGCGACACACCUUCAAGAUGGUGCGACAAUGCAAGUCCCUUAUCCUCUUCCUCAUCAGGAUUGGGCUGCUGCUGGGUCUUGCUAACCCCCUGGUCACCUCUGCCUCCUGUCCCUCAGCCUGCCGCUGUGACGGGACCUUCAUAUACUGCAAUGACCGUGGCCUGACUUCCAUCCCUACUGGUCUCCCCAAGGAUGCUACUGUGCUCUUUCUACAAAACAACCGCAUAAAGAGUUCGGGCAUUCCUGCAGAGCUUCGUGGACUCUCACAAGUAGAGAAGAUCUACCUUUACUGCAACAAUCUGGAUGAAUUCCCAACUAACCUUCCUCUUGGACUAAAGGAGCUUCACCUUCAGGAGAACAACGUUCGGAUGAUUACUCAUGACUCUUUAGCUCAAAUUCCCUACAUUGAGGAACUGCACCUGGAUGACAACUCUGUGUCAGCAGUCAGCAUAGAGGAGGGAGCCUUCAGGGACAGUACUCACCUGAGACUGCUUUUCCUCUCCAGAAACCACCUGAGCACCAUCCCUUCAGGCCUACCCAUGAGCAUUGAGGAGUUGCGUUUUGAUGACAACCGUAUCUCAUCUAUUUCAGAGCAAUCGCUGCAAGAUCUCAUCAACCUGAAACGACUAAUCCUGGAUGGUAACCUGCUCAAUAACCGUGGAAUUGGGGAGAUGGCUCUCAUUAACUUGAUCAACCUUACUGAGCUCUCCCUAGUGAGAAACUCCCUGACAUCACCACCAGCCAACUUGCCAGGCACCAGUUUGGAGAAGCUGCAACUACAAGAUAAUCAUAUUAACCGGGUCCCACCUGGGGCCUUUGCCUUCCUUAGGCAGCUGUACCGCCUGGACCUAUCUGGUAACAACCUGAGCAGCCUCCCGCAGGGUGUAUUUGAAGAUCUGGACAAUCUCACACAGCUUCUACUACGUAAUAACCCCUGGCAAUGCACUUGCAGGAUGAAGUGGGUGCGCGACUGGUUGCGGUCAUUACCAUCAAAGGUGAAUGUACGUGGCUUCAUGUGCCAGGGUCCUGAUAAAGUCAAAGGCAUGGCAAUUAAAGAUCUAACUACAGACAUGUUUGACUGCACAGACUCAGAACUUUAUUCUGUAUAUGAGACAAGCACAGUCUCCAACACUUUACGCACAUCGCAGCCCCAGCGGCCGUCAUUUGUCACUAGAAGGCCUGUGGUAAGAGGUCCUGACAUCAGUAAGAACUACCACAGCCCAACCACAUCUUCAGGCAGAAAGAUUAUCACCAUUAGUGUCAAGUCAAGUAGUGCAGAUGCAAUACACAUCUCAUGGAGGGUGUCACAACCCAUGACUGCGCUGCGGCUCAGCUGGCUAAAGCUGGGACACAGCCCUGCCUUUGGCUCCAUCACUGAGACCAUUGUGCAGGGGGAGAGGACGGAGUAUCUGCUCACUGCACUGGAGCCAGAGUCCUCUUAUAGAAUAUGCAUGGUUCCCAUGGAGACUAGCAACAUUUACCUGUCAGACGAGACCCCUGUUUGCAUUGAGACGGAGACUGGAUCUCACAAAUCCUACCACCCAACUACAACUUUAAAUCGAGAGCAGGAGAAGGAGCCUUAUAAAAAUUCCAGUCUGCCCUUGGCUGCUAUCAUUGGAGGGGCUGUGGCUCUUUUGGCAAUUAUCAUGUUGGCACUGGUGUGCUGGUAUGUCCACAGGAAUGGUUCACUUUUUUCCAGGAACUGCACCUAUAACAAAGGCCGUCGGAGAAAGGAUGACUACGCUGAGGCUGGCACUAAAAAGGACAACUCCAUCCUCGAAAUAAGAGAAACUUCUUUUCAGAUGAUUCCUAUAAACCACCUGCCUGUAACCAAGGAGGAGUUUAUGAUACACACAAUUUUCCCACCUAAUGGCUUGAGUUUAUACAAAAGUCCACACAACGAGAACAGCAUUAACAACAGGAGCUACAGAGACAGUGGAAUACCAGAUUCAGACCAUUCCCAUUCAUGAUACUGCACACGGAUAUUCAAAGUGAGUGUGUGAAAGUGGCAAGACUUUUACAAAACACUGGAUCUAUAAGACUAAGGAAGCAAUGUUCUGUACAUUUGCCACAUAAUUUAUAUUUAAGGACAUUUUAUGAAGAUGAAGAACAUUCUAGUUGCAGGCCAUUACUGAACCAUCAGUGGUUUACCGACUGCAGUUCUAUAUUUUAGGGGUUUGUAGUAAUUUGUACUGUAUUUCCUUUGCUUAAGGUUAUUGACCAACAAAAGAAACUCUGUGUUCUAUUAAGAUAUGAUGACUUGUCAACUGUGAAAGUGGGUUUUCAUUGCUGUGUUGAACAAUCAGACUUUAGAAAACCUUGUAGUAUAAGCACAGGUCAUUCUUUUAACUUUGUGGCUGUUAGAAAAAUCAAAAAUGCAAAAAAAUUAAAAGACAGUAAACUAAAGAUACAGAUGAUCAACUAAUUCACAACGUGGGCACGUUGCCCUGUCAGUAGCCACCUCCACAUACUAUGGACCAAGAAUUUUUCUGGAGUAUUGCCGUAAUCUGGGUUUAUGAAUAACUAAAGAGGAUGUGCCACUAUUUUUAUUUCUGCUUUGCUCAAUGUGUUAUUUAGUUCUGUUUGCGAGAAGACGAAACACAGCAAUGCAGGGUUCCAAUGUUUCUGAUAGGAUUGUAGGCCACAGCACAGGGCAGAUAAAGCACACCAAUCUUAAGGAGACCUCAGCUCCUCUAAAACAAGUAGAAAGGUCAGGCCGACGCAGAGAACCCGUCCCCCACACUAAGUCUAUUUGUACAAGCCCACAAUUGCCAAAUGACAAUGGCAGCAUUCUUUAGUACCUUGUAUAAUACGUUAUUCUAGUCGCCAGGCCAAAUGAGACGAGACAUGUUGACUUUGAUCAAAAUUACGACAUUGUCAGCAACUCCUGAUUAUGAGUAUUAUUUUGUAUUAUUUUCCUGAUGAACACACUUUUAUGUUGCCACAAUUUGAAGUUAACUGUUCUUUACAAUUUAAAAACCAAAGUGCAUUGUAUGCCCUUUGGCCAGUCUUGUAUGUGCCUUGAUCCAAUGCUUAUUGUAUUUAGCUUUUUAAGAAACCAGUGACUUUUUUUCAUACACACUUGAAUAUGAAAAAUAUUGGUCAUAUUACAGAAUAAAAGUGGACAAAAAAACCCAUAAGUUUGCUCUGUCUUACCUUGAAUACAACAGGACCACAAUCAGAAAAAAUUCUACAUUUGUUUUUAGUCGCUUCAAUCUAUUGGGUUUUGUUAUCAGUGUGUAUUAUUAUCAUUAGUAGUAGUAGUAGUGGAUGCAGCAGUAAUAGUAGUAGUA